UCUAUUCAAACGAAACGUCACUGCUUCGUGUGCUGUGAGUUUAAUUAAAAAUGGCGGUAGAAUGGCAAAUUUUGUUAUGAGUCUGAUGAUAACCGAGUCCAGUGGAGAGUUAAUCAUCGGGAAAAACUAAAGAAUAAGUGAAAUAGUUUGAACAAUUUACCAUGACAAUAAACAUAGGAGCUAAUCUAAGGAUUCAUAGACUAGGAUUAUGCAUAACCGUCAUCCUCCUGAUUCUCCUGUACCUCUACGCAAUUCGUCAGUCAUCGUACCUUGCAUCAAAGUCGAGUAAUGAUUUUGUUUCUCUGAAAUUGUUGUUAGCCGGCGCUAUCAAAGCAGCUGAGAUCGGGGGCAUUGAGGUGGUUGGGGUCCACGAGAAGUCGAAGCUGGGGAUUGAGAGUAAGGGGAAGACCAAGGAGGGAAUCGAUGACCCGGUGACAUUGGCGGACUACAGGUCCCACUGUACCAUGUACAAUUAUUUGUCCUCCACUUUUCCCUCGGUUACGGUUAUUUCUGAGGAGAGGAGCAAGGAUUGCGAUGAGGUGGUCAUGCCCAGGGGCACUGAGGACUCGACCAUUUUGGAACAGGUGGACUCGGGGUGGGACGUCGCUGUUGAUCCGGAGCAUGUGACUGUUUGGAUCGAUCCUCUCGAUGCUACUAAAGAAUAUACAGAAAACUUGUUGGAGUAUGUCACCACAAUGGUUUGCAUCGCUGUGAAAGGCGUUCCAGUCAUAGGAAUUAUUCACAAACCCUUCAUUCCCAAGCAGACGUACUGGGCUUGGGCUUUCCAUGGAUCUUCCAAGAAUUUACAAAGUUUCUCUGCUAAAAAAGUACCGAGGGACCCUAUCUUAAUCGUUUCAAGAUCCCACGCCGGGAAAGUCCACAAUGCUUCCAAAACCGCGCUAGGAGAGAAUGUGAAAAUAAUUUCGGCUGCUGGUGCUGGAUACAAAUUCUUGGAAGUUGCAGUUGGCAAUGCCACUGCUUACGUGCAUAUGACAGCCAUCAAGAAGUGGGAUGUGUGUGCUGGAGCAGCCAUUAUCAAGGCACUCGGAGGUACUGUAUCCUCAUUAUCAGGAGACACCCAACUAGAUUUCGGAGCCACUGACUCAAUGGUCCUUGAAGAUGGUCUCCUGGCGACAAUGAGGAGUCACAAGUGGUAUCUGGACAAAUUCAACAACAUUUGAAAUUCAUUCAUCUCCUUCCAUCACGGAUGAACCUUGUGAAAUUGUUGACUGAUAUCAUCUCGACACCUAGUCACUCGUAUCAUGCAUCAUAAUUAAAAUUAUAAAGACGUAUUCCAAGAAAUCGAAUUUCCACGGAUAAUAACUAAGGAGAGGAGGGAAUUUCGAAAAUUUCUUCCUGAAAAUGUAAUUAAAUUUUAUAAAUUAUUAUCUAAUUCUUAUCUGUUUAUUAACGGAAGCUUCGAGUAGCAAAUUGUAGAAUAAAAAAUUGACGAAAGGAAAGGA